ACGGCACAUGAAUUGACGCGAUCUGAGCGUGUUAUCUGUCAGAUAAGACACCAACAUUUCAGGAUUUUGGUUACGAAGUCUUUCCAUGCGCGUUUUAAUUUAAACUGAUAAUGAAAGGAACGAUACGAUUCCUCGUUUUAUUGCACGUUCUAAUAGGAACAGUAGAGUGUAGCCUCGAACCGGAAGAGGGCCAGUGUCGGUCCGACGCCGACUGCACAGAGGAGGAGUGUUGUGUUGGCCUCGACCGCCGGCGGUUCAUCUUUUCACACGCGACAACGGGAACAUGCCGCUCACUAAGGUACCAAGGCUUCUCCUGUCACGUAUUCUUGAGCACCAACCCCGGAAACAGCAACCUGCACGUUACCUACUGCCCAUGCGCAGAGGGGCUGGAGUGCCGGGGGACCAGCGUUGACAAGCUCAACGCCAGCCACAUCAUACACCACGACCCCAAGUGUCUCCCCAAGGAGUAGCGGCCACACCCUCAUACCACACCACCUGGAUUGGCUGCCAGGCAAUUCAACACAAAAAACAACCUUGUGUAAUUAUUUGCCUGUAUAAAUAAAAAAAAUAGAAAGGUUAA